AUGGACUCGGAGGAUGACCCUCUGCUGCAGGAUGUGUGGCUAGAAGAGGAACAGCAGGAAGAGGAGACUUCGGAUGAGGCCUGCAGGGAUGUCCCCGGGCCAGGGCUGCACUCCGGAGCACAGGGUUGCUGGCGAUGCUGGACACUUCCCUCCAGGCCCGCGACCUUGGGUUUCUGGAGCACCCUGGGCUGGGCCUUCACCAACCCGUGCUGCGCAGGGCUGGUGCUGUUCCUUGGCUGCAGCAUCCCCAUGGUGCUGUCCGCCUUCAUGUUCCUCUAUUACCCUCCCCUGGACAUCGACAUCUCCUACAACGCCUUUGAGAUCCGCAACCACGAGGCGUCACAGCGCUUCGACGCCCUGGCCUUGGCCCUCAAGUCCCAGUUUGGAUCUUGGGGGCGCAACAGGCGCGACCUGGCGGACUUCACCUCUGAGACGCUGCAACGCCUCAUCUCAGAGCAGCUUCAGCAGCUGCACCUGGGGAAUCAUUCUCGACCUGCAUCCCGAGCUCCUCGCUCAGCGCCCAGGGACACUCCUGCCACUCAGAGAUCAGCAGCCAGUCCCAGUGAGCGACGUCGCCGAGAGGCUCCGUCCCCGGAGGGUCAGGUAGCCAAUCAGAGUCGGGCCCGUCGGGGCGCCUCGCGCUGGGAUUACUCGCGCACCUAUGUGAGCGCCAACACCCAGACGCACGCACAUUGGCGAAUCGAGCUCAUCUUUCUGGCGCGCGGAGACGCGGAGCGCAACAUUUUCACGAGCGAGCGUCUGGUCACGAUCCACGAGAUCGAGCGUAAAAUCAUGGACCACCCGGGUUUCCGGGAGUUCUGCUGGAAGCCGCACGAGGUGCUCAAGGACCUGCCGCUCGGCUCCUAUUCCUACUGCUCCCCGCCUAGUUCACUCAUGACUUACUUUUUCCCCACCGAGAGGGGCGGCAAGAUCUACUACGACGGCAUGGGCCAGGACCUGGCGGAUAUCCGGGGCUCCCUGGAACUGGCUAUGACUCACCCUGAGUUCUACUGGUAUGUGGACGAGGGGCUCUCUGUGGAUAAUCUGAAGAGCUCCCUCCUGCGCAGUGAGAUCCUAUUCGGAGCACCGCUUCCCAACUACUACUCGGUGGAUGAUCGCUGGGAGGAGCAGAGGGCUAAGUUUCAGAGCUUCGUGGUCACGUACGUGGCUAUGCUCGCCAAGCAGUCCACGAGCAAAGUCCAGGUCCUCUAUGGGGGGACAGACCUCUUCGACUACGAGGUACGCCGGACCUUCAAUAACGACAUGCUUCUCGCCUUCAUUAGCAGCAGCUGCAUCGCUGCCCUUGUCUACAUCCUAACCUCCUGCUCAGUGUUCCUGUCCUUCUUUGGGAUUGCGAGCAUCGGUCUCAGCUGCCUGGUGGCGCUCUUUCUCUACCAUGUGGUCUUUGGCAUCCAGUACUUGGGCAUCCUCAAUGGAGUGGCCGCCUUUGUGAUUGUGGGCAUCGGCGUGGACGAUGUCUUUGUAUUCAUCAACACAUACCGCCAGGCCACCCACCUGGAGGACCCCCAACUGCGGAUGAUCCACACCAUCCAGACGGCAGGCAAGGCCACCUUCUUCACCUCGCUGACCACUGCCGCCGCCUACGCCGCCAAUGUCUUCUCCCAGAUCCCGGCUGUGCACGACUUUGGCUUGUUUAUGUCUCUCAUUGUGACCUGCUGCUGGCUGGCUGUACUGUUCACCAUGCCCGCCGCCCUGGGCCUCUGGAGCCUCUACAUGGCACCUCUGGAGAGCUCCUGCCAGAGCAGCUGCCACCAGAAGUGCGGACGCAAGAGCUCCUUGCAUUUUCCUGGGGACCUGUUCACGGCUCCCGAACGAGCUGGGGGUGUCCCUGCUCAGGGCCCCCUCCCCUACCUGGAUGAUGACAUCCCCUUGCUGAGUGUCGAGGAUGAGCCAGUGUCUCUAGAGCUGGGAGAUGUAUCACUGGUCUCUGUGCACUGUGAGGGUCUGCAGCCCACCCCUGACAGGAGCAGCAGGGGCCAGCUCCUCGCCCAGCUGCAGGACCUGCUGCACCGCUGGGUCUUAUGGGCAGCUGUCAAGAGCCGCUGGGUGAUCGUAGGGCUUUUUGCCUCCAUCCUUAUCCUGUCCCUGGUGUUCGCCAGCCGGCUCCGCCCCGCCAGCCGGGCCCCGCUGCUCUUCCGGCCGGACACCAACAUUCAGGUGCUGCUGGACCUCAAGUACAACCUGAGCGCCGAGGGGAUAUCCUGCAUCACCUGCUCAGGUCUGUUCCAGGAGAAGCCCCACAGCCUGCAGAACAAUGUCAGGACAUCCCUGGAGAAGAAGAAGCGGGGUUCCGGGGUUUCCUGGGCCAGCCGGCCUGAGACCACUGCACAGGAGUCCAUGAGCACCGUAUACAUCUCCAAAGUGAAGAGCAAAGGCCACCCAGCUGUCUACAGGCUAUCCCUCAAUGCCAGCCUACCAGCGCCCUGGCAAGCUGUGUCCCCUGGAGAUGGAGAGGUGCCAUCCUUCCAGGUGUAUAGAGCGCCUUUUGGUGACUUCACCAAGAAGCUGACCGCUUGUAUGUCUACAGUAGGGCUGCUCCAGGCGGCGAGCCCCUCCCGCAAGUGGAUGGUGACGGCCUUGGCCUGCGAUGCCAGGAGGGGCUGGAAGUUUGACUUCAGCUUUUACGUGGCCACCAAGGAGCAACAGCACACUCGGAAGCUGUACUUCGCACAGUCUCACAAGCCCCCGUUCCACGGGCGCCUGUGUGUGACGCCGCCUGGGUGCUUGCUCAGCUCCAGCCCUGAUGGGCCCACCAAAGGCUUCUUCUAUGUGCCUAGUGACAAAGUGCCCAAGGCCCACAUCUCUGCCACCUUUGGCUUCAACCCUUGUGUGAACACGGGCUGUGGGAAGCCUGCCGUGCGGCCGCUGGUGGAUACGGGAGCCAUGGUCUUCGUGGUGUUUGGCAUCAUCGGUAUCAACCGCACCCAGCAGAUGGACAACCACGUUAUCGGGGACCCGGGCAGCGUCAUCUACGACAGCAGCUUUGACCUCUUCAAAGAGAUCGGGCACCUGUGUCGCCUCUGCAAGGCCAUCGCGGGCAACUCAGAGCUGGUGAAGCCGGGUGGGGCCCAGUGCUUGCCGUCAGGGUACAGCAUCUCUUCCUUCCUUCAGAUGUUGCACCCCGAGUGCAAGGAGCUGCCCGAGCCCAACCUGCUGCCAGGGCAGCUAUCCCAUGGGGCAGUGGGUGUCAAAGAGGGUCGUGUGCAGUGGAUCUCCAUGGCCUUUGAGUCGACCACGUACAAGGGCAAGUCCUCCUUCCAGACCUACUCGGACUACUUGCGUUGGGAGAGCUUCCUCCGGCAGCAGCUGCAGACCUUCCCCGAGGGCUCAGCCCUGCGUCGAGGCUUCCAGACCUGUGAGCACUGGAAGCAAAUCUUCAUGGAGAUCAUAGGGGUACAGAGUGCCCUGUACGGCCUGGUCCUCUCCUUGCUCAUCUGUGUGGCCGCAGUGGCCGUGUUCACCACCCACGUCCUCCUUCUGCUGCCUGUGCUCCUGAGUAUCCUAGGCAUCGUCUGCCUCGUGGUGACUAUCAUGUAUUGGAGUGGUUGGGAGAUGGGUGCCGUGGAAGCCAUCUCCCUGUCCAUCCUGGUGGGCUCCUCUGUGGACUACUGUGUCCAUCUGGUAGAAGGCUACCUGCUGGCUGGGGAGAACCUACCCCCACAGCAGGCUGAGGAUGCCAGCUCUCAGCGCCAGUGGAGGACGCUGGAGGCCGUCCGCCAUGUGGGCGUGGCCAUCGUGUCCAGUGCACUCACCACUGUCAUCGCCACCGUCCCACUCUUCUUCUGUAUCAUCGCCCCGUUCGCCAAGUUCGGGAAGAUCGUGGCACUCAACACGGGCGUGUCCAUCCUCUACACACUCACCGUCAGCACUGCCCUGCUGGGCAUCAUGGCCCCCGGUUCCUUCACCCGCACCAGGACUUCCUUCCUCAAGGCCCUGGGUGCCGUGCUGCUGGCAGGAGCCCUAGGUCUGGGUGCCUGUCUUGUGCUCCUGCGCAGUGGCUACAAGAUACCCCUGCCCAGCGGGGCCACGCUAUAG